GUGCUCUUCGCCAGUUCCUGUUUGCGGUCUCCCAGGCGGACGCAAGUUGCACCGCAGUAGUGCUGUUCUUACCGAGGCUGGAUUUGUAUUGUAGCACAAUUUUCCUGAUGAAGUUUUGGUGAUUAAAACUAGUAAAACCAAUAUUUUGAAAAUGAGUCUGGCAGAGCUGGAGGCCCUCAUCGAUGAUCUUUACAAGUUCAUAUGCGACACUCUGGCGAAUGAAAAACUUUCUUCGACCGCAAGUGCCCUGAGGGAGUCUCUGAAGCACAGGAUCCACCUGUGCAGAGGAGCCUCACCUGCGUUCAAAAGCGUCGUCGUCAAAAGAAUCGCCGAGCCGCCAACACCGUCGCCGACCAGAGAUGAGCCGCCGGACCACGAACUCCCAGACUAUGGUGGAGGCGGAGAGGAGAUGGCCGAGUACGAAGAGUUCGAGCAGAGCAACGCGGUCAUGUUAAAAAACAAGCAGAUCGAGUUGGAGGUGGUGUUGUCGCCGUCGGCUGCACCUCUGCUGUCCGCGCCGACCAUCACUGAGGAGGUGACGGUUCAAAGCUUGGUCAACUCGGCGCUGAUGCACGGCCCCUUGUUCCGCAAGGAGCGCAUCUUCCUGAUGAACCGCAAAUGCUGGGCCGCGGCCACCGCCACAAUUUUCCACCUUUUCAACUCCGAGACGGACGUCAAGCCCGUCCUGAGUGUCCGACUCGACGAACUUCGCGUCAACAUUCCGCAGAAGGACAAGAAGAAAGACGUUCUCUUCGAACUGGUCGCGCCCGCCAAUAAAAGUUUCAAAUUUGCUGCUCCUAGCUUGGUUGAACGUGACAAAUGGGUGUCCGCUCUGGGCAACGGAAACAACAACUCGAGCCUGCAGACACCGGCCAAAAUUUCGCAGGACAGCCACUCGCCGUCUGCCAACCGUUCCCAGCCCGAGACGCCGUUCGAGAUGGAUCAGCAGUGCGCGAAAAUCGAGGAGGACACUUCCUCACUGGACAACUACGAGUUUCUGGACGCGGCCAACGGCGACGUCCACGAAGACAUCUACAACUCGCUCGAGGACAUCCAGCAGGCGGUGAAGCAACAAAGCAUUCAAAUGAGCAACAAGCCUUUGCCGCCGCCGCCGCCACCAGCCCGCUCGACGGCGCCCGCCUUGCCCAAGUCGAGGCGGCCGCAGACCUUGGUGACCAAAAAGCCGAUGCUUUCGCCUCAAGAACAAAUCUACGACGACACUGGCAACACCGAACCGGAGGCUGACUAUGAUGACGGUGGCGCCGGCGACGACUUUUAUGACGAUGCCGGAGCAGCAAGGACAGAUGACGACGAGCAAGACAUGUACUACGAUAUUGCCGAACUACAGGCCAAGACCGCCGACUUCCCACCUCCGCCACUUCCACCUGCCCUUGUUGAAAACGAAGUCAUCUACGACGACACAGAGCCGUCAAUGCCACCACCUCCUGUCGAUGAAGAACCGCAAGACGAGUAUGACGAGGUUGGGCCAGUCACCUCAACCGUCAACGUAACCAUAUCCUUCAAACCGGAAGUCAUCAAAAAACUGGACCUUUCUCCGACCAAACAAGGACCUCCUCCACCCUCUCAGGCCAAUAAGUCGAGCAUUUUCAGGAACCUGUCUUUGGAAAAACCGCAGGUGACUUCUCCGCCUGCUCCUCCAGCCAAUCAAGGUGGGUUCCUCUUCAGAAUGCAGAGGCAGAGCAGCAGCGUUUCCCAAACAGAGGAGUACGACGAGGUGGGGCCACCUUUGCCGGUCAACCAGCCCCUGAGCGCCGAACUGAGCAACGCACUCAAAAACUUCAAACUCAAACAGACGACUCAGACGAAACCGGUUUCGGAGAGAAAAAUGUCCGAGGAUCUUUCUGAUCCCAACACUGUCAAGAGUCGACUGGCUAGUUUGAGGCCCGUGGGCGCCAAAAGACCCACGAGUCCUCCUCCGAAGCCUAUGGGUGUUGCCAAGAGGCCAACCAGUCCUCCACCAAAGCCCGUGGCCAAUAAGAAACCCUCGAGUCCUCCGGCUAAACCCAAAUUCGGUAAUCUUGGUACCAAACCUGCUGUUUCUGCCAACAAACCAAGCAACAACAACUACAACAAUACAAAUUCUGUCCAGAAACCGCCGCCGCCGGUCAAAAAAAUUACCAGCAACUUCGAGCAGAAACAGAAUAUUUUCAAAGCAGAGGAGCCCGCGGAAUCAAAGACCAACGUCAAGGACUUGAUCCAGAGAAUGGGAGGCAAGGUGUGAAUUUAAGUUGGAUAUAUCAUCGAGACUGAACAGAAUUUCAACAGCAAAUUGAAAAAGUGUUGUGUAUAUAACAUUUAAAGUGCUCCACUCUGAGAAGAAAACCUCAUUUUUUUUAUUGAUUUCUUGUCAAUCAAUGAUAUUGAUUUUGGUUUGAAAUUUCAACCAGAAUUGAAGAAAAUUAUUUUCCAUUUGAUUUAAUUUUUAUAUCUAUUGAAGAUCGAAGUAUUUGUUUAUAAUUGGAAAUCAUUGAGGUUAAGGACACUUGGAUCUCUUCGGCGUCAAAUUAAAACGAUUUCUUUUGUAUUAUACUUAACUUGUAACAAUUUUAAUAACAGUCACUACAAUCUCAGCUGUGUGAUAAUUCUUAGAAUGGAUUUUUGACCAAUAAAUCUAUAAAUAGUUAUAUAUGCAUUCAGGGUGAUGUUAAUUUAAACAAAAA